AUGAUGCCAGUUGCCACAGCAAAAGUGGCAGCCCGGCUGGCGCAGGGAGUCACAGCAAAAAGAGCAGUGGUGGCAGUAUUGGUGGCAGCCUACGGUGCCAAGAAGUUAUACCCAAUCCUCCGGCAGUGGGCUGCCUCUGACCUCCAGGUGAACCGCAACGCCACCAGAAACCCCAGUCCUGGGGAGCCACCAGCCAAGUGGGGCUCACCAGAUGAGGUGACGGCAUCACCACCUGGUGUGAACAGGGUGUUCUUCUUCCGCCUCCUGCGCCUCCUGCGGUUACUCUUCCCUGGACUCUUGUGCCGGGAAACAGGACUCCUGGCCUUGCACUCAGCUGCCCUAGCCAGCCGCACGUUCCUCUCCGUCUACGUGGCCCAGCUGGAUGGACGUUUGGCCCGCUGCAUCGUCCGCAAGAACCCUCAUGACUUUACAUGGCAGCUUCUCCAAUGGCUCCUCAUUGCCCUCCCAGCCACCUUUGUCAACAGUGCCAUUCGGUAUCUGGAGGGACAGCUGAGCCUGGCCUUCCGUGGACGCUUAGUGGACCAUGGCUAUCGGCUCUACUUUGAGGGCCAGACCUACUACCGGGUCAGCAACAUGGACGGACGCCUGCGCAACCCAGACCAGUCUCUAACGGAGGACCUGGUGGCUUUCGCUAACUCUGUGGCUCACCUCUACUCAAACCUGACCAAGCCAGUGCUUGAUCUCAUCGUGACCUCUUACACUCUGAUCAGUUCAGCCAGAUCGAAAGGAGCUGGCACAGCCUGGCCCUCAGUGAUUGCUGGGCUGGUGGUCUGCAUCACUGCCAAGGUGCUCCGUGUCUGUUCGCCAAAGUUUGGUCAACUGGUGGCUGAGGAGGCGCGCCGGAAAGGGGAGCUGCGCUACAUGCAUUCCCGAGUGGUGGCCAACUCUGAAGAAAUUGCCUUCUAUGCAGGGCACAAGGUGGAGCUGUCCCUUCUACGGCACUGUUAUCGCGAGCUGGCCUCCCAGAUCAACGUGCUACUCCUAGAAAGGCUCUGGUAUGUCAUGCUGGAGCAGUUCCUCAUGAAGUAUGUGUGGAGUGCCGCCGGGCUGGUCAUGGUGGCUGUGCCAAUCAUCACCGCCACCGGCUACUCUGAGACAGACACAGAGGAGGUGAAGCAAGCAGCCCUGGAAAUGGAGGAGAAAGAGCUGGUGAGCAUGAGGACAGAAGCUUUCACCACAGCCCGGAGUCUCCUGACCGCAGCAGCUGAUGCUACCGAGAGGGUCAUCUCCUCCUACAAAGAGGUGACUGAGCUGGCAGGGUAUACUGCUCGUGUAUACGAGAUGUUCCAUGUGUUUGAAGAUGUGAAGCGCUGCAGCUUCCGACGUCCUGGAGAGCUCGAGGAGGGGCAGGCUCGAGCCGGGACGGUGAUGAGGCAUGGUGUGCGUGUUGAAGGGCCACUCCAGAUACAAGGUCGUGUGAUAGAUAUUGACAAUGGAAUUAUCUGUGAGAACAUCCCCAUCAUUACACCCACCGGGGAUGUAGUGGUCACCAGCCUCAAUAUCCGGGUAGAAGAGGGCAUGCACCUGCUGAUCACAGGGCCGAAUGGCUGCGGGAAGAGCUCGCUGUUCCGGAUCCUGGGGGGACUCUGGCCAACAUAUGAAGGCAUCCUUUACAAACCACCCCCUCACCGUAUGUUCUACAUCCCCCAGAGGCCAUAUAUGUCCGUGGGAACCCUGCGAGACCAGGUGAUCUACCCAGACACGGCAGAGGACAUGGCACAGAAGGGACAGAUGGACGCUGACCUGGAGCGAAUCCUGGACAUUGUUAACCUCAAUUACAUUGUGCAGCGUGAGGGAGGUUGGGAAGCAUUCAGUGACUGGAAGGAUGUGCUCUCUGGUGGCGAAAAGCAAAGGAUGGGGAUGGCCCGGAUGUUCUACCACAGACCAAAGUAUGCUCUCCUGGAUGAAUGCACCAGCGCAGUCAGUAUUGAUGUUGAAGGCAAGAUCUUCCAGGCAGCAAAGGAUGCUGGGAUAGCUUUGCUCUCAAUCACCCACCGGCCUUCGCUAUGGAAGUACCACACCCAUCUCCUCCAGUUUGAUGGGGAGGGGGGCUGGCGUUUUGAGAAGCUGGACCCUGCAGCCCGUCUCUCCCUGAGGGAGGAGAAGCAGCGCCUGGAGCAGCAGCUGGCGGGCGUCCCUGAAAUGCAGCAGCGUCUCAGUGAACUCUGUCAAAUCCUGGCCGAAGACACAACUUCUGCCGUGGGGCAGGACUGAGCUGCAGGUGCCCUUCAAUAUCCCCUCUCCCCUGGCUCAGCCAAAUGCUUCAGAAGAGGGAUUCAGGCUGCUAUGCCCUCCCCUCAGGAGCGGCACAGGCGGGCCAGGUGCCUGUCCUGGCUCAUGAAGGAAGAGUCCCAUUUCCCCUGCUGGGGCGUUCCUGGUUUCUGGCGCCCAUUGGCUGUGCACUUUGUAACCUCCUUGCACCGACCUGCUUUCGUUGAGGCUGGAGGUAGGGAAGGGGGUCAUCUCAUACUUCCCCAGCAUCUGCCCUUCCCAGUGGAAGAUCACCUUCCAUACACACAGUGCCUGAAUAUCCCAGGAUCGAAACACCAAAGCUCUUCACUGGAGUCCGUGUGUGUGUGUGUGACUUGUUCUGCCCCACUGCCAGUUGCUGUAUCCGCUGGUGUUCCGGAGGGAAGACGCUCCCAGCAAGCCACUGCCACUGACUCAGAGGCCCAGGAGGCUUUGGAAGGACCAGUCGCAGCCUUCCUUCACAAAACAGCCGCACGGAGGUUGAUAUGAAUCAAAGCCACGAAUGUAGCUCUUGCGACUCUCUCCCCUGCUCGCCUCUUUUCGCAACACCUGAGCCACAGCCAUUGGCUGCGCCACACAGCACCGAAACCCUGGCAGCCUGGGACCUCAUUUGAGGAAGGCCUGCCUCCUUCUCUGAGCAGCACUUUGGUGACAGCAGAGGGGACAGAAAUUAAGAAAUCCACCUCAUCCUAGGCUGGUGGUCUUCCGUUUUGCUCCCGGGGACCUCGGUGUUCCUCAGAGGCUCCUCGAUAAGCAGACGAGUAAUGGAGGAGAAGCUGCCCAAAAGGCACCACGGCCAUCUUGACCCAUCUUCCGCUGCACCGCACAGUUGCUUUGGAGUGUUGGACACAUUCUAGGCACCCUCUGCUGAGGCAAUAGCUCAGCUCAACAACAGGCCUGUACAGACUGACUGUGUAUCCUAAGAGGCAUCCCCAAAUCAUCGGCAAUGUACGGGGAUCCUGCUGCUGACGCUCAGUGGCUACUUGACAGAUCAGCUGAUGUGGACAAGGUCCUCUGAGGGUAGGAAGUCUUGACAAUCAUUGCUCUAGGCUAACUGGGGGCCUUUUUGUAUGGCCACAGUGCUGCUUAGAACUAACAAUCAUUCCUGAGGCCUUGCCCACAAGGCUUCUGCUAUUAGAUAAUGUCUUCACCUUUGGGGGGAAAUGCCCCUUGGUUUUUUGGGGCUGGCAUUCCCAGUGAAGUCAGUGAUCGUUGCCAAAACAGUAGAAUUGAGGGUGACCAAAAGGGCACAGCAGAGUACUGUGAAUUAUUUUCUUACAAGACAUUUUAUUGGACCCCACAACCACCGCACAGCAGGGCUCAUUUUCUCUGAAGCAUGAGGACGUGUGAGACUGCUCCCUGAGUGGCUUUCCCCAUUCAGUUCAAUCCCCUGACAGAAGCAAGGUACAUCACUGUAUUUCUGUAUGUAGAAGCUGGGGCCCCAGCCACCAAGUUUGCAUUGUUUUAACUUCCUAGUCCAUCUCAGCAUUGGAAGAAUUGAAACAACUCGGGUCUCAGUGACACCUUGCGUCUCUUCACCUCUUGCAGCUGUGCAUGACGUGACGGAGGCAGGGGCCAGGCAGGCAGACGGCCAGCCAAGUGUGAGCUUUUGCAAAGUCUGCCGUGGGUACUUGCACAUGGGAGCGUGUGAAGCCUUUGUGUCUCGGGGCCCUGCCCUGUAGGCUGUGGUCACAGGCCGUACAGGGCCUGGUGAGCAUCUCGAAGCCGCCCUCCAAGCGCCUGCCUCCUCUCCCCGCUUUGCCUGUGCAAUGACUGUCAUGACUUCCUCUGCAGCUUGUGGCGACUGCUGGUGCCGCAGUCCCUGCUAUUGGGGUACUCUGCAUCAGUGGUGAUGCACCGUUGGAGGUGGCCCGGGGGCAAGAUUCGAAGGGCAGCCCCUCACUUGCCGCUCAACCCCUUUGGCUCGCUGCUUGCCCUGCCCCCUUGGCUCACCCCCCACCUUGCUUUGCUCGUCCACCACCACCUCCCACCCAGUCCCUGGCCAUGCUUGCCCCAAGUGCCAGCAAGAACAGGCCUCUUUAAAGGGGCUGCCUCUUCUCGCUGGGAUUAGCUCUGCUAAUGGAGUUCGGACACGCAGAGUCCAGUUGCAUGGUGGGGGUGGUUGCAGUGAGCACCCUAGGGGAGUGGGGCGGCCCUUGGGUGACUGUGGUCCAGGUGCAUUGCACACCCUCAAACAAUGGUGGCUAUGCCACUCCUCAUAGACCCACAUAUGCACACAAAGACUAUCGAGCGGACUGGAAGAUCCAGGACUGGAAGCCAAUAGCCAGUUCAAUGGGAGGAGUUCUGUUAAGGCCACUGCACUCAAAUUAUGAAGGAAAGGUAAAGGCGGCCCUUAAUGAAAUCCACACGUCCCACUUCCUGACUUCCCCCAGUUUUGCCAAAUCAUGUCAUAGCUUUCUGAAAACAGGAGCUAAAGGGGCCAUAGGCUCCCUCUGCUCCCUGUCAUUUGAGCCAUCAGUCAGACCCAUGGACAUUUAAGAAGCACAGGGCCAUGUCUCCAGCCAAUCUGGGCCGGGGCAGAUGGUUUCAGUCCCACCUCCCCACCACAGUGUCCUUGACUGCCACACUUUGGCUGGAUCAACACAUGCAGGAGGAUGAGGGGCUAGAAUCCUGAGGCAGUGGAAGGAAGAGGCUCUACUGCUUCAGGAUACAGGGACGGGCAGAGGCGAGUUUGCCACAUUUUGUUAACAGUCUCCUGUUUAAACAGUAAAAACGUAAAUUCCCUGCAACUUUAAAAACAAAAACAAAAGGCACAGGGCUCAAUUGUCCUGAUAGUUUUCUUCCUCUGUCUUCUAUCCAUGCACAUUCAAAAACAGUGUUCUCCACCUGCAUUCUGAAAUACGGUAGUACAUUCCCAACUCUGCCGCAUUCUGCUGCGUGUAUAGAUCUGGCCUUGGGGUUCUCUCCCCCUUGUCUUUGAGGAAGGAGAAGCAAAUCAUACCCUCAUUCUUGCUCCUUCCCUGCAGAUAUUGAAACGACCAUCUGAUUGCUCACAGCUGCUUUUCGUCCCCUCCUGCCCUUAGUCAACCCUCAGCCGCCAUGCGCAGCUCCUUGAAUCAGCCACCAUUGUCCAGGGGAGCAGAGGUGACUUGUGUGUGUCCUCCACUCCUUCAGCCCCCCCCCCCUUGUUUCUUUCUUGAUCAGACCUGAUAGGCCUUGCUACUGCAUCCAGACAAGUUGAGUCAAGCCAUUAUAUGCAGGCACACCAUAGACCUGCUAGGACAAAAACCUUUGUUCUGCCCAUUCCAGAGCAGUUUCCAAACUCUACAUACAUUAAAGCAGUGGGGACUUCUGAAGGAGGUCCAGGAUUCAGGCAGAACGGUGAGCAGAGGGUUCCACUUUUUCCGUCUCCCCACUCUUAACUUUUAUUCUAAAAGUUGCUAAUUUAUUUAAUUGUGGUGUGUCUAUGUCACUGUGUUUUAGAAGGUAUUUUCAAACCCCUCUUCUGAAUUUUAUUUUUGGAUGUAUUUUGAGCCUGCCAUCCAGUUUAUGCCCUUCCUAGGAUGAAAAUCCAACACGCCAACCACACCAUUCUAUUGCUCCUGGGGUAGGGAGGGGAGCAGGGAGAAGAGACAGAGAGUGUGCCAUAGAGGCUGAGCGUGUUGUGUGUCAAAAUUAAGAUUCUCACAGUGGAAUCAGGCUGUUCCCAUCUGCCGGCUCUGAUGUCAGAAUUUUCCAAACUAUGCAACAAAGACUUUCUUUCUCUGCUGUUUUAUACGUGCGAAACUGCCACCCAACCCCCCCUUCCCCUAUCCUCACAGUGCCUUUUAUGCUGGUAAAAGCCAGGUUGAUUUGGAUUAUGAUAAUAAAAAUAUAUUAUGGAUCAGAAA